GAGAGGGGGAAGGAGGGAGAGAUAGGAGAGUGUGUGAGAGGGAGGCGGGAGGACAAUACAGAGAUCCUAGAUGCUAUCUAUUCUACCCCCUCUCUCGAUCUCUCCCCACCCCCUCUCUUUUCUCUCCACCUCUCUCUCCCACUCCCGCCGUCAUUCCAUCAGGUCCUCACAAACACAGAAGUUCAGAGAGAAGACAGCUCCCUUACCAGAGAAGGAAAGAAACAAAGAAACGGAGGAAGAGAGAAAGAGUGAGGGGAAUAAAAAAAGAAGUGGUAUUAACAGUGGAGGACAAGUUUUGGAGGAGAGGAGAGCAAAGGGAGAGAGGGGUGGUUUGGGUGGGGGGUGGGUAGCGUACAAGGCUGCUCCGUCUGUCUCCUCCAUCCCUCCGUCUCCGUCGCCGUGGGUUCACAGCUCUCCCUCCCCCCCUCCCUCGCUCCCUACCUCCCCCGCUCGCUGCUGGCGGGAGCCUCCGAGCUGCUGCGGCGGAGGUCGUCUCGGAUGGAGUCGCCGAGAGACGUAGGAGGAGAGACGAUGGAGCGUGGGGAGCGGCCGGAGCGGGCCGAGCCGCUGACCGAUGCCGAGCGGGAGAUCAUCCAGAACACCUGGGUACACGUCUACGAGAACUGUGAGGACGUGGGCGUGUCGGUCCUCAUAAGGUUCUUUGUGAACUUCCCAUCGGCCAAGCAGUACUUCAGCCAGUUUCAGGACAUGGAUGACCCAGAGGAGAUGGAGCGCAGUGUCCAGCUGAGGCACCACGCCCGCCAGGUGAUGGGCGCCAUCAACAAGGUGGUGGAGAACCUCCACGACCCAGAAAAGGUGUCCUCUGUUCUUGCUCUGGUGGGCAAGGCGCAUGCUGUCAAACACAAGGUGGAGCCUAUGUACUUUAAGAUCCUGUGUGGUGUACUGCUGGAGGUGUUCUCGGAGGACUUCCCAGAAUUCUUCACGGCAGAAGUGCAAAUGGUGUGGACCAAACUGAUGGGGGCGGUGUACUGGCAUGUGACGGGCGCCUACACAGAGGUUGGCUGGGUGCAGCUCUCCAGCUCGGCAGUGUGAGGGGCGAUAGCAGGGGAGAUUUUUAGGGCUGAGACUGUUCAUAGAAUAUCUUGUUGUGUUCAAUUUUUGGGGGAGUCUUUCCCCUCUCCCUGCUGACUCAUUGUGUGUACUUUACUGUAUAGCCCCUGAGGUGUUGUCUGUAUAGCCCCUGAGGUGUUGUCUGUAUAGCCCCUGAGGUGUUGUCUGUAUAGCCCCUGAGGUGUUGUCUGUAUAGCCCCUGAGGUGUUGUCUGUAUAGCCCCUGAGGUGUUGUCUGUAUAGCCCCUGAGGUGUUGUCUGUAUAGCCCCUGAGGUGUUGUCUGUAUAGCCCCUGAGGUGUUGUCUGUAUAGCCCCUGAGGUGUUGUCUGUAUAGCCCCUGAGGUGUUGUCUGUAUAGCCCCUGAGGUGUUGUCUGUAUAGCCCCUGAGGUGUUGUCUGUAUAGCCCCUGAGGUGUUGUCUGUAUAGCCUCUGAGGUGUUGUCUGUAUAGCCCCAGCGGUGUUGUCUGUAUAGCCCCUGAGGUGUUGUCUGUAUAGCCUCUGAGGUGUUGUCUGUAUAGCCCCAGCGGUGUUGUCUGUAUAGCCCCUGAGGUGUUGUCUGUAUAGCCCCGGAGGUAUUGUCUGUAUAGCCCCUGGGGUGUUGUCUGUAUAGCGUACAGUAAGUGAGCGUGUGUAUUGUCUAUGCCCUCAUCCAACACUCAUUGUAGUAUUGUAAAUCUCCAAUGUUUUCAAGGGAACUAAAGGCUCCAUUUUAGGGAGUUUUGUUGCUCCCUGAAAGUAUGCCACUUUGGAUUCCCAAACACUCUUUCCAUGCCCAUCUCAUGCACUAUACAAACACACCCAUCUGCUAACACCCUGUCCAUAGGGCAAAUGGCUAUUUAAAUGUAUAAACAGUUUCAAAGUGAUGGGAUAGAGCCACGGGCUGACAGACCACUGUUAAGGUGACAUCUCCUCUUUAUAAGCAUGCAUGCACGAGCACACACACACACACACAAACACACACAUACACAUUUACAUUACAUUUAAGUCAUUUAGCAGACGCUCUACCACUCUGCCGACUUUGACCCCCCAUAUGCUAAUAUUUACGGAGCAUUUACUUGGUUUACAUUUCCUCAUUAAACUCUCCAUUAAGGGUUUAAGAAACUGACUCCGGAGGUCUCUGGAAAUACAACGGACCCUUUGAAGUAGCAUCAGGGUAUCUUUCACCUCUGAAACACUAGGGUAAGAAAAAAUACUCAUAUCGACCAUAUCUGAUAUACUAAGCACUCUACAACCAUACCAAGAGGUCUAGACACUUUGGUACAGUUUAAACCAUGUUGGGUUGGCAUGCACAAUACGAUGCCACAAGUUCGAGCCCUGCUCCCGACUUUUCCCCUGAAUACACUACAAAUGGAUUUUGAAUGUCAGUUUAGAUCCAAUCUCCUCUGUGUCUCUGAUGGUAACUCCUGCGCUCUGGUCCCUCUCGGCUUUGUCAUUUACCAUUAAUGAGGAAGUAAUGGGGCUCCGCUCUUCCUCUUCUGGUCGUUCAUCAAAUAUCUCCCCUACUCUCUCAUCUUUUCUUUCCUCUGGCCAAAUGCUGAGAGAAAACGUCCCUCUAUCUGCUUUGCUGCCAUGGCUAUUUGGCUAAUAAUAUAAUUCUACUCAUAUUCUACUGCCUUCUCCUUUGUUGUUCCUUUGGAGGCCAGCAGUAAAGUUACAAGAUCAAGGAUAUACAGUAGGCUUAUAUGGCUGAUAAAUAACCGCCACAGGAAGUCGAGCUAAUACAAUAUGACAAACUCAUUCAGCAAGAGACCCGUGGCUGUAGAUGAGAGGAAAUUAGGUGGAUUACUGUAGGAGUUGUUGUCUAUAAUCAAUGAUCUCUCCCAUUACACCUACAGUACAACACACGCAUCAGUCUCACACUGUUAGCAAAACAUUUGACAUCAGAUCUCGAGUACAAACCCGUUAGAGGUCAGGUUCCUCUGUUCCUCUGAGUAGCUCGGGGUGGAGGAGUAUUUGUGUUGGGCGUGAGCCGCCCCGACAGUUUGUUUUAUUAAACACGUCACCCAUAAUUCACAAAAUGGCUACAUAAUCUUUUUUUCUGCCUUCAGCUGUAAGCUCGUACCCUCCAUCUGCAGAGUUUGUUGUUGUGAAUUGUUUUUUUUUUUGUCAGUGAGUUUUAAAGCUUGGACUUUAUAUUUUUCUAAAUAUAUAAAACAAAAUAAUUAUCUGUAUAUGUAUUUCGAAUACUUUAUAUAACUAUGAUUAUAUACAUUUGUUGACUGGGGGAGUGGGAGUGGUUUUGUGCUGUUUCAGCAUGUUUGCACAGCCUACUACAGACGUGUACCUUUGCAGACCUGGUGAAAUUAACUAUCAAUGACUAUCAAUAAAGUGAUAAUUACCUA